AUGCCAGUCACAGAAGACCAAAUGUAUUCUCCUACACCUUAUGAUGGGGGUGAUAAUCAGAAUGAAAAUGAAGAUCAACAAAUAGAAACUCUUGAAGAUGAUAGCAAUAGUGAAAAUUUUAAACAAAGUAAUCAAAGUAAUCAAAAGGAGGAGAUUUCGAAUGAAGACGCUCUUGAAUCUAAUGAUAAUACUGAUGCUAAUCCAAAGAAUAAUGAUGACAAAGACGAUGAAGAUGAAGAUGAAGAUGACGGUGACGAUGACGAUGACGAUGACGAUGCAAGUGACCUAUACAAAGAAGAUGACAAUGAAGAAAAAACGCAAGCCAUCGAUACUGCUGAUGAAGCAGAAUCCGUACUUGAACUUCAAUCUGACUCUGAGUCUGAACAUGCUAGCGAGAAUGAUGAUAAAAAUAAUGAAGAAGAUGUUGAUGAUGAUGAUGAGGAGGAGGAGGAGGAGGAGGAUGACAAUGCGAAAAACGAUGCAGGUUCAAGUCAAUCAGACGAUGAAAAAGAAAGUUUGGAACACAAUGAUAGCAAUAACGAAGAUGAAUCCACUGAAUCUACAAAGGAAUCGUCUUCCUCUUCUGAUGAAGAAGAAGACAAACAAGAAAUACAAAACACUAAAAUUGAGUCCUCAAUAAGUUCAAAUAUAUCAAAUUUAGAUGCAGACGUCGAUCAAAAUUUAUUACAAAAACAAGCAAAUUAUAUUAUAGAGAGUGGGAUGCUAGAUCGUGCAGAGUUUAAAUCAUUAGAUGAAAGACAAAAAUUAACCGCCAUUUUAACGAUGUUAAAUUCAAAUCCAGCUACAAAAUUAACUAUGCCACAGGAGACGGCACCGGUAGAAUCACAAAUAUACGAUACAACUAGUAAUAUCAACCAACAACAUCAAAAACAGGAAAGAAAAUUGACGCCUGCCGAAAAGAGAAGAUUGGCUCCAAGACCAGAUUUGACUAGACCAAUGACACAAGAAGAACGUGAAAGAUAUAGUGCAUAUUUACGUGGUGAAAAUAAAAUUACAGAAAUGCAUAACAUCCCAUUAAAAUCGAGACUUUUCAUUGGGAAUUUACCAUUGAAAAAUGUCUCCAAGGAAGAUUUAUUUAGAAUCUUCUCUCCAUAUGGACAUAUUUUACAAAUCAAUAUCAAAAACGCUUACGGUUUCAUUCAAUAUAAUAACCCUCAAAGUGUUAAAGAUGCCAUAGAAUUGGAAUCAAAUGAAAUGAAUUUUAGUAAGAAGUUGAUCUUGGAAGUUUCAAGUUCGAAUAGUCGUCCACAAUUCGAUCAUGGUGAUCAUGGUACAAAUAAUAGUACUACUUUCAUCUCUUCUUCAAAACGUCCAUUUGAUAAUGCAGAUGAAGAUGAUGGAGGAGAUAUGUAUUCAGAUGGUAGUGCUAAGAAAUCUAAAAGACGUACUCCAGCAUGCGUUAUUUACGUUAAGAAAGUAGCAGAUCGUGGUUAUGCAAACGAAGUCUUCAAAAGAUUUAGAAAUAGUACAGGUUUGGAAACUGAUAUGAUAUUCUUGAGACAAGGAAUGGAUUUGAGAAAAUUAGUCAAUGAUGCUGCAUAUGAUGGUGUUUGGGGUGUAGUCUUUCUCAAUAAGAGCCGUAAUGUAGAUAUCCAAACAUUCUAUAAAGGUCCACGUGGUGAAACUAAAUUUGAUGAAUACAUUAACGUUUCUUUAGACGAUACAAUCUCGAUCUUCACUAGUCUAAAGAAUGGCACUGGUCCUACUGGUCAUCAAUUGCCAAUGCCCAACAAUGCAAAAAAUGCUUACGGAUAUAAUCAACCAAUUCAGCCAAUGGGUACUGCACAAGGUCCUCCCCCGCCACCACAACAGCAACAGCAACAGCAACAGCAAGGGUAUUAUCCAGGAUACGGUAUGCAAGCACCUCCACAGCAACAACAGAAUGCAUAUGUGCAGCAAGGAUAUGGAAUACCUCAAGCACCACAACAACAGCAAUCAGAUUAUAAUCAAAUGAAUCAGGGAUAUGGUCGUUAUCAAGGUAAUAUGAGUGGGGUUCCACCUGUUCAAAAUCAAAUGAAUCAAUCGUAUGGGCGUUAUCAAAAUCCUAAUAUGCAACCUUUAUCUCAACAGCAGCAGCAACCAGUACAACCAGUACAAAUGACACCACCUGUCCAAACGAAUCAACAAAAUCAAUUAACUUCUUUAUUUAGGAGGUAA